UAUGCGCGUAGCAGCAGUCCACAGAAGAAUUAGCUGUAGAACGCAGAGUUAGUUUGAUUCUGUCAAAAUCAGUCUUACAGUGAUUCAUGAAAUUUUAAAUAAUUAUCGUAAAUAACUAUUUGUUGGUGUUGCAGAUCACAUGUUGCAGAUGGAAAAAGGAUAAACUGAUUCAACAUGGCUCGAGUAACAAUCUUGGCUGGUUUGUCCCUUUUGAUUUGCCUUCAAGUUGUGUCUUCAACCAAACUGGCAUGCUACUUCACCAACUGGUCCCAAUACAGACCGGGUGCUGGGAGAUACAUUCCUGAAAAUGUAGACCCCAACCUGUGCACACACCUGAUCUACGCCUUCUCUGUAAUCAGCCCCUCAAAUGAGAUAACAAUGUACGAGUGGAAUGAUGAUGUUCUUUACAGAUCCUUCAAUGCCCUCAAGAACAGAAACCCCCAGCUGAAGACUCUGUUGGCUGUUGGUGGCUGGAACUUUGGCACUGCACAGUUUACCAUCAUGGCUUCAACUCCUGCCAGUCGCCAGACAUUCAUCCAGUCUUGCAUCAGAUUCUUGAGGCUGCAUGGCUUUGAUGGACUUGACCUGGACUGGGAGUAUCCUGGAGCACGGGGAAGCCCACCAGAGGACAAGAAGAGAUACCAAGUGCUCUUACAGGAAUUACUUGCUGCCUUUGAAAAAGAAGCUACUGAGACCAAACAACCACGGCUCUUGCUCACAGCUGCAGUGGCUGGUGGGAAGGGGAACAUUGACAACGGCUAUGAGAUUGCCAAUGUGUCAAAGUUUCUAGACUUUAUAAAUGUCAUGACCUAUGACUACCACGGAGCUUGGGACCCAUUCACUGGUCAUAACAGCCCUCUGUACCACAGCUCCGUCGAUCAGGGUGAUAACAUAUAUUACAAUGUGGAUUUUGGUAUGAAAUAUUGGAGGGACCAGGGAGCUCCUGUGGAAAAGCUCUUAGUCGGUUUCCCCACAUAUGGACGCACAUUCACCACAUUAACAGCUGCUAAUAGUCUUGGAGCUGCAGCCACAGGACCAGCGAGCGCUGGGCCUUACACCCGUGAAGCUGGGUUUUGGUCUUACUACGAGAUUUGCACUUUUGUCCAAACAGGCAGCAUAAAGUGGAUUGAUGAGCAAAAGGUGCCCUAUGCCAUUAAGGGCAAUGAGUGGGUUGGCUUUGAUAACAGGCAGAGCUUUGAAAUCAAGGCACAGUAUGUGAAAGACAACAGAUUUGGAGGAGCAUUUGUCUGGUCUCUGGAUCUCGAUGACUUUGCUGGACAGUUCUGUGGACAGGGACAUUAUCCUCUCAUUAGUUAUCUGCGCACUCUUUUGAAUUCAGCUACUACCACUACUACAGCUACUACUACCACUACUGCUACUACUGCCAAAACAACCUCAAGUCCUGUUUCUGGAAGUGGAUUCUGCACUGAAAAGCCAGAUGGCCUGUAUGUAAAUAACGAGGAUCCCCACACCUUUUAUCAGUGUGUCCAUGGACAUGUCUACAUCCAGAAAUGUCCAAAUUAUCUUAUUUACAGUGAUGCAUGCAAAUGCUGUACCUAAUUGACACUGAAUAAAAGUUGUCUUGAUCUAGCAAAAA